AACGUAAGCCUCAUUCGUUUCCGUUACGUCGUGCGAGGCGGUCGUGUGUGCGGACUUUCCUCUUUCUUUCCGAGGCAGCAAGAACACCAAUCAAAGUUAAUUUAUCGGUGGACAAAGGCGUCGAAAAUAGCGCCGAGCUGAUCCGUUGGCCCGUUAACGGAUGCCGAAUUCGAAUUCAUACGUAUGCAGCAGUGAUCCGUAAGCCGCGAUCCGCGAUCUGCGAUCCCCAAGGCGAGAUCUUGAGUCGGAGGGGAUCUCUCAGUCCGUUAUUCGGUCUCAAAGUCAGCGGUCGUCGUGGCGCUCCGCCUCCGUUUCAUUUCUUUUCUUUUCGAUCCGCGCCCGUCAGGUGGAAUAACACAAAAUACGAUGGCCGAAUGCAGUGCAAAGAGUGUGCAAUUUUUGAAAGAUCAUUAAGAAAUUGUGUGAAAGGCGCAGCACGCAAAGCCGAGUGCAAUUAAAAGGCUUGCGAAUUGUUUGCUGGUUCAACGAAACUGCUGGAAACUACUCCACGCGAAAUUAGUUUGCAAGGGAAACAUCAUCUUGGAUACGAAGCCAAACAAUAAAGUCAAAAAUAUCAGUGUCACAAGAUGACGUGCGGCAUAUCGUGUGUCGAUAAGACAUUGAACAAAUCGUUCUACCAUCUGGGAAUAUGCAUAGCCAAGCACCCUGGAUACUUUAUUAUCAUUCCGGUGCUGCUGACCUUGCUGUGCAUGACGGGGUACCAGCAGCUGAAGUACCAAAUCGAUCCCGAGUACCUAUUCUCGCCCAUUGCGGGGGAGGGCAAGACUGAGCGUGCCAUAGUUGAGCAGUACUUCAAAGUGAAUUAUACGCAUCGCUUCAAUGUCGGGCGUAUUACAAGACCGGGCCGCUUCGGGCGAGUCAUAGUGAUAACGAAAGAUGGCGACGACAACAUGAUCCGGCGCGAGGUGUUCCAGGAGCUGCGUCAGCUGGACAACCUCAUCCAGAAUGCGACCACCACCUACGACGGAGACACGUACACCUACAAGGACAACUGUGCCCGCUGGGAGAACGAGUGCUUUGAGAACGACAUCCUCAACCUGGAUGCGCUGAUGGAUGAUAUCGAAGCCGGUCAGCUUAAUCUGACGUUUCCUUUUAUGUUCAAUCCAGUCACGUGGGAUGCCCACCUGUUCCCUGUCUUCUUCGGGGGCACCAAGCUAACUGAGGACAACCAUGUGAUCAGUGUUCCCGCCAUUCAGUUAGUGUACUUCGUCACCGCCGACACCAAACGUCAGGAUGCCAAAGGUGCUGAAUGGGAGGAGACCUUCCUCAGGGUGGUUGGCAAGGCGGAGAACUCGGGCUACUUCAAGCACAUUUCGGUCUCGUACUUUGCGUCCCGCACUUUGGACCAUGAACUCGAGAAGAACACCAAGACGGUGGUGCCCUACUUCAGCUCGACUUUUCUGCUCAUGGGUUUGUUUAGCGUAAUCACCUGCAUGAUGGGCGAUGCAGUGCGGUCGAAGCCCUUUCUGGGUCUCAUGGGCAAUGUGUCAGCUAUUAUGGCCACGCUGGCAGCUUUUGGCCUGGCCAUGUACUGCGGCAUUGAGUUUAUUGGCAUAAAUCUGGCUGCGCCCUUCCUGAUGAUCGGUAUCGGCAUUGAUGACACAUUUGUAAUGCUGGCGGGUUGGCGACGCACCAAGGCCAAAAUGCCGGUGGCGGAACGCAUGGGUCUCAUGAUGUCCGAGGCGGCCGUAUCGAUCACGAUCACCUCGGUCACCGACUUCAUUUCGUUUUUGAUCGGCAUCAUCAGUCCCUUUCGGUCGGUCAGGAUCUUCUGCACGUACUCGGUCUUCGCCGUUUGCUUCACGUUCCUGUGGCACAUCACCUUCUUUGCCGCCUGCAUGGCCAUCUCGGGCUACAGGGAGCGGAAGAAUCUGCAUUCCAUUUUCGGCUGCCGGGUUCAGCCCAUGUCGGUUGCAAUCAAAGAGAAGCGCAACUUCCUCUACAAAGCGAUCAUGGCGGGCGGCAUCGACCCCAACGAUCCGGACAACCCCAUCGACAACAAGGACCACAUGCUGAUGGCCUUCUUCAAGGACAAGCUGGCCGCGGUAAUCAACAACAAGUGGUGCAAGGUGAUCAUCAUCCUGGCCUUUGCCAGUUACUUGGUGGGCGCCUGCUACGGAAUCACCCAGAUAAAGGAGGGCCUCGAACGCCGCAAGCUGUCCCGGGAGGACUCCUACUCGGUGGAGUUCUUCGACCGCGAGGACGACUACUACCGCGAGUUCCCCUACAGAAUGCAGGUCAUUAUCGCCGGCCCGCUGAACUACUCGGAUCCCCUGGUGCAGGAGCAGGUGGAGAACCUGACCAGCACCCUGGAACACACCUCGUACGUGACCUCCAGGCGCUACACGGAGUCCUGGCUGCGCUCGUUCCUCUCCUUCCUGGAGCGCAACAACGAGCUGCUCAACGUGACCGUGGACGAUGAGCAGACUUUCAUCGAGACGGUGAAGGAGCACUGGCUCUUUCCCGGAAACCCGUUCUCGCUGGACGUGCGCUUCAACGACGAGGAAACGCAGAUCAUUGCCUCGCGGUUCCUCAUCCAGGCGGUCAACAUCACGGACACCAAUCACGAGAAGGAGAUGGUGCGGGAUCUGCGCAAGAUCUGCAAGGACUCGCCGCUGAAUGCCUCGAUCUUCCACCCCUACUUCGUUUUCUUCGACCAGUUCGAGCUGGUGCGACCGGUCUCGCUGCAGGCGAUGGUGAUCGGAGCCAUCAUCAUGAUGAUCAUCUCCUUCGUCUUCAUCCCCAACAUCCUGUGCUCCCUGUGGGUGGCCUUCUCGGUCAUCUCCAUUGAACUGGGCGUCGCUGGCUACAUGGCCUUGUGGGACGUCAACCUCGACUCCAUUUCGAUGAUCAACCUGAUCAUGUGCAUUGGCUUCUCCGUGGACUUCACCGCUCACAUCUGCUACACGUACAUGUCCUCGAAGAAGCGCAGUCCCAAGGCCCGCGUCCGCGAGGCCCUUCACUCCCUCGGUCUGCCGAUCGUCCAGGGCUCCAGCUCCACGAUACUGGGCAUCGUGGCCCUGCUGCUGGCCCAGAGCUACAUCUUCCUGGUCUUCUUCAAGAUGGUCUUCCUCGUGAUCUUCUUCGGAGCCAUGCACGGCCUCUUCCUGCUGCCCGUGCUGCUCUCCCUGUUCGGACCCGGAUCCUGUCUCACCUGGACGGGAAUGGACGACGGCAGCGACGCCGAGGUGGACGAGGGCCCGGAGGACCGCCAGCUGGAGAAGCCCUUCUCGCAGUCCUACUACAUGCAGUACCCCACCAUGGGCAUCAACGGACCCUACGGCACCAAGGGCUUCCUGGGAGCCCCGUACAAGGCCUACGGCGUGGACGAGAAGGACCUGGGCCUGGGCACCUCGGGCGAGGACUCUUCCGAGAGCAGCUCCAGCCGAUCGCAACGCCGCCAGCAGCAGGCCGCCCCCAACGAGGAGGAGGUUGUGGCGCGGGACUCGCCGCGCCGGCGCUACGAGGACGGCUGGCGCCGCUCCUCCUACCAGAACAUCUACGGCCAGGGAGCGGCGCAGUUCCAGGCGCAGCCGGACCUCUACGGCCAGCAGGUCUCGGCGGCCGAGUGGCGCCACCGCCUGGACGCACACGAGCAGCAGCAGCGCCAGCGACAGCGGAGGAGCCCCUACGAGAACUACCCCCAGGACGUGGAGAUGGACAUGCAGAGAGCCCGGCGCAACUCGCACGGCGACGUGAUCGACCUUCACGGGACGCCCAACUCCUCUGUGGACGAGCGCCUGCGCAGGCAGGCGGAGCACUUCAGCGCGGGCAGCGGCGACGACAGCAGCUACCGCCAUCAGCUGCCGACGGCGGCGCCGCCGCCUGCGGGAUCCGUUCCGCCGGCUAAGCGGUACCACCGACGGCGCUCCUCGGAAGACUCGACCCACCGCCACCAGCGCUGGCCGGCGAACAUCGAGGAGCGGAGGGCACGCCGCGCCCACUCGCCCGCCCACAACCGGCCAGAAACUGCCACGCCCAGCUACGCCUUCCGCUCCUCCUCGCACCACAACCUCUACCAGCCGAACGGGAAGGGGUCCAAGCAUCCGCCCACCUACCAGUACGGCGACUACUACCAGUGAGGCAGCGGGACGGGGCUGUACUCGUGGUCAAGUGACGGGAAUAUUCCUAGUUUAGAUAAGGAGUUCGGUGGGUCUCUACCAAAAUGUUAGCUAGUGAGGGAAACAGUGCUUGGACAAGUUUCAGCCUUCGCAGAGCCAAGAAAAAGAUAGUAAUUAAAAUUGUGCGUGACAAUUUACUAGCACAUUGAAAUAAGUUUGAUUUGAUGGUUGAUCAGUGUUCAAAGUAUUUGUAUAUACUUUUAUAUUUAACAAAUACUAAACAGAAUGCCUUUAAAUUGUCCAUUGACUACCAGGUAAAUGUUUUGGUCUUUGAGCUCUUUUGUGUCCAACCCAUCCAAGAUCAAGGAGACAUUAGGGAGCAGAGCAAAUUGUCUUGUCAACAAUAUUUAAGUUAGACCUUUUUAAAGAAAUCCCAUCUGUGCUGUCUUCACUUUCCUUAGGCUUGCCCCGCGUAGAAAUAUCGUUAGGAAACCCCGCAAUAGAAAUCACAAUAAUUCUUCUCGUUGGGAGCACAAAAUUGUUAGUUAGUAAAGCCGGUUCGAUCUAUUUAUCCCAACUUUUCAUCAAUAAGAGCUCGAGUCAGACAACUUAAGGUACCAUCUACAAAGACUAUACACCUAUGUAUGCUACUCGAGUCAGACUUUGGGCUCCCCAUGUCAGUGUUUAUUUAAAUUAAUUUAGGUUUAGUGCGAGUACGAGUCUGUUCAAUAAUGUUUUGUAUAGCAAAAGAAACCCUGAGUAUAUAUUUAAUAACUAUUAACUGUUAAGAGUGGCCGCGUCUAGGCCCGAUCAUAUGCUUAGCUACCUAGCGCUGUAAGGCAUUUGGGACAAGUUUGUAAAGCGUUUACAAUUUUUCUAUUGAAUAAAAAU